AUGGGUGCCGAUUCGAAGCUCCCAGACCCGGAUCUGACCGUUUUUUUGCAAAUCAAGUUGGAUCUUGCGUCAUCCAGAGACGGAUAUGGUGAUGAGAUCUACGACGUCUCCUCUUUCCAAGAAAAGGUGGCCUGUGGCUACUCCAAAUUGAUUUCACAUGGAAACUGGCCUUGUAUUACUUUCCCAGACAUUGACUGGUCCGAAAGGAAGACGGAAGUCACUUUAAAGCAUGACAAUGCGACCGUUCAGCCGAGCAGCUUUUCUGAGGAUGUUUUUGGUGGAGCUUCCUACUGUGAAUGGGAUCUCCCCUGGCUGACUGGUUAUCUGGACGAUUUUGAUGGAAUCCAUACGCUUUCCCUUGACUUUGUCAAGGAACAAAAAAAGGAACUUUCUCCCACCAUCAACGCCGAUCCGUCGCCAUCUUUACCGCUUGAAAAUGAUGUCACAAAACCACACGUGGGUGCAUUUGAGGAACUUUAUUAUCCUGAAAUAGAUGCCGUUGUAGAAGGCGUCCUUGCCAACGCUUCAAGCCCAUCCUCAAUUGAAAGGUUGGAAUAUCAUAGAAAGACAACAAUGAUAUCCUCUUCAUCUUACACUCAAUUUGGGGCCCCAAAGAAUACGUGGGCCAUUCCUGUUUCGCUAACUGAUCCCGUGGAGCCAAUCGCAAAUCCUAUUCUUACAUUCCCUUUUGAACUAGAUUCCUUUCAAAAACAGUCCAUUUAUCACCUGGAACAAGGCCAUUCGAUUUUUGUGGCGGCCCACACUUCAGCUGGAAAGACCGUUGUUGCAGAGUAUGCGGCGUCUUUGGCUCUAUCAAAGCUUUCCAGAGCGAUAUAUACAAGCCCCAUCAAAGCGCUUUCCAACCAGAAGUAUCGUGAAUUUUCACGACGCUUUUGUGGCAAAGCAAAAAAAAACAGCACAUGCAAAGAUGCGUCUUUACAAGAUGGCAUUACUGAAGAUCUUGAAAAUAUGGAUCUCGAUCCUGGUCUGGCGAGAGAUGUUGAGGCUUCCUUGGCUUAUUCUUCAUCGUUUCGGCAAAGAAAUCUUGAAACAUCAGUGGGACUUCUCACCGGGGAUAUACAGGUUAAUCCACAUGCCUCGCUGUUGGUGAUUACAACGGAAAUUUUACGCUCCAUGCUGUACAAAAACUCUCCCCUGCUCUCUGAUCUUUCGUGUGUAAUUUUUGACGAGGUCCAUUACAUGAACGAUUCGGAGCGCGGUGUGGUGUGGGAGGAGACCCUAAUUUUGCUCCCUCCAACCGUUCAGCUUGUCCUUCUUUCCGCAACUCUUCCAAAUGUGAUCGAGCUUGCCGAUUGGCUUGGGCGAACGAGAGGGCAACCGAUUUGGGUGAUCACCACUCCGCAUCGUCCGGUGCCUCUUGAACAUUAUUUGCUUCAUGUUCCUGUUGCCACAGGCAGCACAUAUAAACCCAUUCUACUGUCUGCCCCUGAAAAUCAAAAGCCUUUUUUCAGUAUCAAUCCAGCAGCUUCUGCUAGAAAGGCUUGUAAUCCAACCCAAAAAGCGCCCUCAAAAGUACCUUCCAAAAACAAUCCUACUGCUGGUGGCGGAAUUAAAAGGAACCCUUCUGGUGGGUCAAGGGGCUAUUUUAGUCCCCAUCACAUUAAGGGAGUGUUGAAUUUUAUUCAACGCUGCGCUCUGCUGCCUGCAAUUCUGUUUGUUUUCAGCAGAAAGCGGUGUGAAGAGGCAAUUGACUUGUUAUCAAAGAUGAACAUCACUUUGCUGUCCAAAGGCGAGCAGUAUUUUGUAAAUAAGUUUCUCAACCAGCGGGUUUUAUCUUUGCUGUCCACAAAAGAAGAUGAAAAAACCCUUCCUCAAGUGAUCGGAACCAUUUCGGUGCUCAAAAUGGGAAUUGCCACGCAUCAUUCAGGGUUGCUUCCUGUUCUCAAGGAGGCCAUUGAGAUUUUGUUUUCUUUUGGAAUCAUUAAGCUUCUUGUGGCAACCGAGACAUUUGCAAUGGGCAUUAACAUGCCUGCACGGUGUGUUAUUUUUGGAGAGCUUCAAAAACCAGACGGGACCACUGGCUCUAAGGGUCGUCGUCUAUUAACACCAGGUGAAUACACCCAGAUGGCCGGGCGUGCUGGACGUCGAGGGCUUGAUGAACGGGGCCUGGUCUUUGUAUGUCAUGAACAACAAGAUGGCGGUUGUGAAGAUGGUUUCAAGCUCAAAUGCAAGCAGUUGAUUGAUGGAAAGGGCCAGCCUCUGCAGUCUCAGUUUCGACUUACCUACAACACGAUCCUCCAAUUGAUCCGACGCCCCAAUAUUCAGAACUAUUCGAAUCAAAGCAGCGAAAAUGGUGUUGCCAACGUGAGCGACCUGAUACGAAAGAGCUUUUUUGAAAACGCCACACAGCGCAGCCUUCCUACCCAGGCGGCUUCGUUACGGCAGUUGGAGCUCGAGCUUGAAGAUAUUUGUAUCCCCAUCUGCCCGUAUGGCUGUGACGAGGAAAUGAUGCAGAACAUACGUGAACGAGUCUCCCGUGCAAGGGAAAGCGUUUCUACCGCUUCUUUUGUUCCUGGGCGUCGUGUUGCAUCAAUAUCGGAAGCGACAGAAUUUUUGCAGCCAGGCUUGAUACUUGCUGAUGUGGGGGCAAGUAGGAGCGCCACCUUCCCUGGCGCCAUUGGGCCUGGAAAGCUUUCCGAAAAAGCGCCGGCAAAAAAUGCUGCAAACAGCUUUCUGGUGCAGGUUCUUUUCUUCCCAAUAGCAAAGGGAAAUCCUUGGAGGGGACAAUUGGAGCGACCCAUCGAUGCAGGCCGCCCGAGUUCAAUCUCCAUUCAGGCCGUGCCUGCAAAUGAGCUGAUUCCUGUCGGGGGGAACAAGUUAAUUCCGAUUGAGAACUACUCAUCCAACAUGAAAUUCGACUCGUCAGCUUAUCAGGGUUUACUGGAUGCAGUUUUGGCCUUCCACUUGGAAGAGAAUGGUCCAGACUUUUCACGCGCAUCAGAUGAUCAGGGGUUUCUCAAUUUUGGGCAGGCUUUUGGGGGUAGCCAUGCUUUGCCUCAAUGCCCAGCCUUUUCGGAACACUGGGCCACAUUUCAUCGUAUUCACGAGUGUCGCCACAAAAUUGAUGCCCUCAAAUGGAGUCUCUCUGCCGAGUCGCUCUCGCUGCUUCCCGAAUAUGAAAGCAGAUUGCGAGUAUUGGAGCUCUGUGGAUUCAUUCAAGACCAUGCCAUCAUUACGCUGAAGGGCCGCAUUGCAUGCGAGAUCCAAACUGCAGAUGAACUUCUUGUGACGGAGCUUCUUGUUGGGCGAAUGUGGGGUCCAACGAUGCCGGCUGCAGAUAUCGUUGCUUUGCUUUCGGUCUUUGUUUUUCAAGAGAAGACAUCAGAAGACUAUGACGUGCAUACUGUCCCGGAACAUUUGCUUUCCCAUGUGCAAGAAAUGCGAGCCGUUGCAAACCGUCUGGGAAGCAUACAACGCGAAGCAGGGCUUCCUCUUUCCGCUUCCAUCUCCAAUUAUGAAAAAAUCAAUACGGGGCUCGUUGCUGUCAUACAUGCCUGGGCCUCGGGGAAGCCGUUUUCCGAAAUUUGCAAAAUGACAAGUACACAAGAGGGCAUUAUUGUGCGCACCGUGCUUAGGCUUGAUGAGACAUGCAGAGAUAUUCGGAACGCAGCUCGCAUUAUGGGAGACUCUCUCCUUCAGGAGAAGAUGCUGGAGGCAUCUUUGAUGAUUAAGCGGGAUAUUUGCUAUCUCAAGUCGCUCUAUCUCGAUUGA